AUGGCAUCUCAAUCCCGCCGUCGCGCAGAAAGUCACCGUGCUUCCGUCAGCCGCCCUGGCUCUACAUACGCUCGGAAACGAGCGAUUAAAGCAUGCCAGGUAUGUCGAGCUCGGAGAACAAAGUGCGACCAGCAACGACCGGCCUGUUCAUUCUGCCUAAAGGCUGGCGUGGAAUGCGUUUUCGAACCAGACACCAAUGUGACAUUCGACCAAGCGAGCCUUGCCAUCAUAGACCGGCUCGACCGACUUGAGCGUAAGAUAGACAGCCAGUCGAGGCCGCAGCCGGCGUUCCUAGGGACCCAUUAUGAUGAAAGCAUUCCUGAGACCAGCGACGACUUAUCGCCCGAGCUAAGUGUUAUUCACAAGGCUCUUUUCCCUGUUACCAUCGAAAAAGUCCUCCAAUGGGGUGUCUUCACAGACGUCCAGUUACCAACCCUUGCAUCCCAUACACAACACUCCCCUGGGUCACAGUCGGAAGGCAGUCAUGUACAGAGACCAUGGGUUGAUGAAAUGACCGACCGGGCAUCAUGUGAGCGAUGGCUCAGCAGCUUCUUCGCCCACAUUCACGUAAAAAACCCAAUCUUGAACGAGGGAGAAACACGGAGGCUCGUCGCCAGGUUGUGCGCACAGGGACUCGACUGGAGUGUUGAAUCUGGUCUCGCGCUUCUGGUUUGCGCCAACGGAGCUAUUGCUCGUCCACUCGAAGAGUCUCUUCCUCUAUCACAUCCAGACCGACAAAUGGCAAUUUCUCUCUUUGAGGCAGCACAGAGAAGACUUGGUGGCGGCCUAGGUCCCACGGGACUGAUACAUGCUCAGUGCGCCUUUCUAUCAGGGGUUCUUCUCAUGUCACUGAUACGACCUGUCGAGGCUUGGACAACGUUUGUACACGGUUUGGCGAUUUGCCAGACACUUCCUUACAUCCGACAACUCGACCGUGCUUCGGGCCAGGCCAGUACGCAGGAGACUUCGGAACAGAGUGUCCUGUGGUCGUGCUGGAAGUCUGAACAGGAGCUCAGGUUCGAACUGGGCAUGUCUAGCCCUGCUGGACUAGCUGAUGACCCUCCUAAGUUAUUCCCCAAGCCCCCGCAUGGAUGCGAAGGCGGUGUUGAACGAGCAUGGUACUUUUACCUGUCCGAGAUAGCUCUCUGGAGAGUCGAGGUGAAUGCUCGAAGACUAAUGGGUCAACUCCAGCAUGGAAGCUGGUGGUCGCUUUCAAGAGCUUUGAGAGAGAUUGGAAAAGAUACAUCACAUCAACUUGAGACAUGGCAAGCCUCGCUACCGCCGCUCGUCAGUAUCGAAAAUGAAUCAUCUCCUUACGGAGGUACCGAAGAUGAUGUGGUCCGAUUUGUACUGCGCGGUCGCAUCACUUAUAUCCGCGAGCUUAUUUCCUGGCCGUUUAUACAUGUUGCUCUUAACGAAGCGGUAGAUCCGGAGUUGUAUGAGCACGACACGUCUGCUGCACUGGCUUAUCACUACCAAAGGCUGCUGACCAACGCACCAGGGUACUACCAUCGUCACCACGGGACUUGGCUCAUGUUGCGAAGCUCAGCAAGAAGCGCAUGUAUCCUCCUUGGUUUUGCACGCUUGAACCCUGGGUCUGCCCUUUUGCCUUCAGGUUGGAAGGAUGCAGUCUUGGAUACUUUGAAAAUGGUCGAAUACUGGAGCCUUGAGGCCGACGGAAUGCUUUCGGUGUUGCAAACAAUGAAAUGGCUCGUCCAAGUUGUGUAA